GAGCAGGGAAACAGCACCGCUGUCCCGUAAGGCCUGCAUUACAGUAACGCAAACGCUUAGCUCGCGAGCGCGCUCAGAGAAAGUCGGAGACGAUGUCGGAAAAGAAACAAACUGUGGAUUUGGGACUAUUAGAGGAGGACGACGAGUUUGAAGAAUUCCCAGCAGAAGAUUGGACUGGGUUGGAUGAGGAUGAAGAUGCUCAUGUGUGGGAAGAUAACUGGGAUGAUGACAAUGUAGAGGAUGACUUCUCAAAUCAGCUGAGAGCUGAGCUUGAAAAACAUGGCUACAAGAUGGAGACAUCGUAGCUUCUGGCACACCUGUGAAAUUUCUAUUUGGAAUGUUGUCUGCCACAUUCGAACAUUAAUUCACUUCAGAGGGGAUGUUUGAUAGUGUACUUUGGCUGCUUCUUUCUUUUGUAAUAA